AUGGCAGCUCAGGUUCAAAUGCUGCUUUUUGUGGUGCCAACGAGAGCAGCUGGGGAAGAUAAGUGGGAACAUGCACAGCCUGCUGUUCUCCAUCCCUGCAGCAGCAACGCCGCGGCGACUCGCGCGGAGCAGCCGAGCGCGGUCUGCGGGCGCCCGGCGGCGGCGGAAGGAGGGGAAGCUCCGCGCUCCGUGCCGCUCCGUGCCGCUCCGUGCCGCUCCGUGCCGCUCCGUGCCGCUCCGUGCCGCUCCGUGCCGCACCGCCGCAGCCGGCCCGCAGGGGGCAGCCGCCGGCCCCGGGUCGCGGCGGGGAUGGCGGAGGCGGCGGACGAGGCGGAGCUGGGCCUGCUGGAGUGCCGGGUGUGCUUCGAGCGGUACGGCCCCGGCGGGCGGCGGCGGCCGCGUAACCUGCCGUGCGGACACGUCCUGUGCCGCGGCUGCGUGGAGGCGCUGGGCGGCCCCGAGCGGCGGCGCCUGGAGUGCCCCUUCUGCCGGCGGCCCUGCGGCCUCGGCGAGACCAGCGACUGCCUGCCGCUGCUGCAGCUGCUGGAGCUGCUGGGCCCCGGCGGCCGCGGCCCCUCGGUCCUCGGCGGGGCGGCCGGCGGCGCGGCUCCUCCGCGGCUGCGGCUGUCGCUGGGCGGCUGGGGGUCGCUGCUGAACCCCACGGGGGUGGCGGCGUGCCGGGCGUCGGGGCGCCUGGCGGUGGUCCACGACGGCAAAAAGAGGGUCCACGUCUUCGGGCCGAGCGGGUCCUGCCUGCAGCGGUUCGGGGAGCGGGGGGACGCGGGCAACGACGUCAAGUACCCGCUGGGCGUGGCGGUCACGGCCGACGGGCACGUGGUGGUCGCCGACGGCGGGGACCGCUCGGUGAAGGCCUUCGACUUUGACGGCAGGGGGACUCUGGCCGUGCGAGAAGGAUUCUGCCUGCCGUGGGGCCUGGGGGCCACCCCCGAGUGCGACGUGAUGGUGACGGACGCCGAGGCCGGAGCUCUGUACCGCCUGACGGCCGACUUCGGCAAGGGGCGGCUGAAGAAGUGCCAGCUGGUCCGCUCCAAGCUGAGCAGCCCCAGAGGGGUGGCCGUCUGCCCGAGCUCGGGUGCCGUGGUGGUGAUAGAGCACCUGAAGACUAAAGGACCGGGCGGCUGCAGCACCCGAAUGAAGAUAUUCAGUGCAGACAUGACUCUCAUUGGCCAGAUGGAUAGCUUCGGGCUGAACCUCGUUUUCCCCUCCAAAAUAUACACCACGGCUGUGGCCUUUGACAAAGAGGGCUGCAUCGUCGUGACGGAUGUCUGCAGUCAGGCUGUGAUAUGCCUGGGGAAACCUGAGGAGUUUCCCGUCUUUACCCCUCUAGUAAGCCACGGGCUUUCUUAUCCCGUAGGACUGACUUACACAGCAAACAACUCCCUCGUUGUUUUAGACAGCGGUGAUCAUUCAGUGAAAAUAUAUAGCUCUGCCUGAGUGGGCUUAGAUGUGUUCUGCUACUGGUUUGAGCUGCUUUUGGCUACAAAGUGUGUGCAGUGCUGGUGUUCAGAGGCGUGUAGGGAGGGAGGAUUUCCCGAGCUUUACGUGAAGUGAAAUUGCCCUCUUAGACCAAUGUACUGUAUUUCCCACAAAAUGUACACCAGAUCCCACGCGUGGCUGCAGGAGACAUCGUGGCUGCUGCAGACCAAAGUCCGCAGUGAACCAACCGAGCAAUGAGGAACUUUAGAACUAUUCCAUAUGCUGAUAACCAAAAAUUCAUACUGUGCAUUAACAACAGCAUUUGGAAUGGAGUAAUCCAAGAUCCGCACCUGGGAUAGAAAAAGAUGCUGCUUUUGCUUACUGUUACUCACAUUCUGUUUCUGACAGAUUUCUGCAUGACAAAAGAGUCUGACUUGAUGAACUGAUAGGAGAAAUGGCAGCUUCAGCUCAAGGCCAAUUGAUCCAGCCAUGAUCAGUUGCAGUACAUGAGCUAUCAGCAUUUAGUGAGUUAUAUGAAGUGAAAAGAUGCUCAAAGCCUUUUUGUUUUCUUCUCCAUAUUGGGGAAACGCAAUUCUGGGUAUGCCCUUCUUUGUAUGCAUUUCUUACCACUUUUUUAGUGUUUUACUGAAACACUAACACUUGCCACAUAUCGCAUGGAUCCAUUAUCUUCAUUGAGAUGUGUAAUUACUGGCAUGGGUGGCUUUCCCUAAACGCAUCUCCAAGUACUCAUGUUUAGACCAUGGGCACUUCUGCAUCUACUGAAUGGAACUGGCCAUGUUAGUAACACAGGUACUUUUGAGAGAUUUCCAGUA